UGACCACCAGGAGCAAUUCAAUGUCUGCUCCGUAAUUCCGCCGCAUUCCGCGCUAACAGCCAGAGAGAUCCUUACACCGCUUCAAUAUGGCUGCGUGGCACGCUAUAGUUCCCAACGUGCCCGCUGCUCUUCCGCGACAAUCACUAAUGCCGCCUGCUGUUCGCACCCGAGCGAGCAGCCGUGCAUCUGCAUUUCCCCAAGCCGCCUGCCGCACAGCCUGCCGCAUUCCGCGGCGCGACUUGCGUCCGCAGCACAUGCCGGGAAAGGAGUUGAGUGCGCUAUAUGGGGCUCUAGAUGGGGCUCUAGAUGGGGCGCUAGAUGGGGCUCGAUCCCGACAUGACGGAAUGAUGCGGCGGCUGCGAUCACGCAACAGCGACAUUUUCAGCCGGCAAUUCGGAAGGCCGUUAGGAGGCGACGCUGACUGGCCGUUAGCGGCUAGAUCCCAGACGCAGGGGGACGCUAGUGGCUGCGUGGAGCUGACGGACGAAUCGGAUUUCGUACAGGCAGCGAAUGAGGAUGGCCGAAUCUCCAUUCUCGGAUUCGGAUCGCUGCUCUCCGAGCGCAGUGCGCGCAGCACGUUCCCCUCUCUAGAGAGCUUCCACCAGGCCAGGCUGAAAGGGUUCAGACGGGUGUUCUGCCACGCUGCUCCGGUGUUCUUUAUAAGGGGGAUAGCUCAUAAGGAGACAAAGGAGUACUCGAGCCUGAGUGUGGAGCCCUGUGAGGGGGAGGAGAUCGUCAUCACUCUCUUCUCCAUACCCGCUAUUGAGGUGCCGGCAUUCAUUGAAAGAGAGCACGAGUUUCGAUUCCUUCUUGUUCCUCCCAGCAGAAUAUCACCAUCAGCACCAUCACCAGACUCAGCAGCAGUAGUAGCAGCAGCAGCAUCGUCACCCUCACUUGCACAUAAUUUAUCACGUGGUGCGGUCAUCUGCAGCCGCUACAGCGACCAUGAGUACCUCCAGAUUCGCCUGAAAGGUGACGCAGAGGAGUACGAGAGGCGGUAUGGGCAGUGGGGGGUGGAGAGGGUGUGGGACGACUCACUGCUGCCAUGCCGGGUGUACCUCAGGCACUGUGUGCUGGCAGCACAGGGAUUGGGAGAAGAGGCCUUAGACAGCUUCCUGGACCACACGUUUCUGGCCGAUCGCAGCACCACCAUUCGCCAGUACCUGCUCCAGCAUCCAGACAUCAUGAUCGAACCUCCUCCGCCGAGCCUGGCGGAUAGGUAUGGUGGUUGAGCUACAGUAGCAAUGUGGGCGUACAAUGUGCAGGGUGGUAUUGAUUUGUCACAGCAGCUCUUUUUGUGAAAAGUGUUAUUAAAUUACAAUGUACCCAACCCACAGUCCGUUUGGCAGCUAAAGAUGCUGGAAAAAUCGGGGUCAGAGUUUUCUUUUCUCCUCCUGGAAUACUAGGGUGUAGAUUCAUAGGGUGUCACUUUCUAGAUUCAUCUGGUGUUUUUUUUAAAGCGUACUAGUAUUUACAAUUUGCAGAAUGGCUUGGGUGUCAAACAUGUUGACUGGGUUUCUGACAAUCACGCGUAGGUAGGAUCAGGCCUCUGGAUAGGAUUUGGAGUAGUUUUUCAUGUAAGGGUAUGAAUCCUCGACCACUUUUUCUGUAAGGGUGUUUUUUUUUUCGACUUUGUUUUAUAAGGGUGCUAAAAAAAACUGCUUUUCCAC